AUGCUUCGAGUGACCGAGCGCGGCGCAGGCGUCACCCUAGACAUCACUUCUCUCACCUCCGACGAUCUUUACGAGGCUGUCACAAGGGUUAUCGAAGACUACUCCUUCACUGAGAACGCGCGGUCGAUGAGCCGCAUCCAUCGGGACAAGGCGAUGACGCCGCUCGAAGCCGCAGUUUUCUGGAUCGAGUACACGAUAAGAACCAAAGGCGCGUUUCACUUGCGUCCAGCUGCGCACAACUUGUACUGGUACCAGUACUUGAUGCUCGACUCGAUAGCGUUAAUAUUUGCUGUCUUAUACGUCCUCUAUAGAUUUCUUCCGACGACGUUACGGUUUAUCUUUAGUAGUAGUUUAAGACUAAAACUGAAAACCGAGUAA